AAUUACAACUCCUCCUCUUCUUUUUUUGCUGGUUUUUCAAUUAAUUUAUUUUUAAACACAAUUUCAAUUUUAUAAACGGAAGUGACUUUUACAUACCAUAUUUCUCUUUAUGCAUAUCUCUUUUUUUUUUUUUUUUUUUUUCCUAACUGUGAGAUUAAGUAAAUCAACAGGGAAUCAAGGAACAAAACUAAAUAGAAACAUAUAGGAGGAGAAAAGGGGUUUGCAGAAAUUGUUUCCCUUUAUAAAUACCUUGAAACUCAACAAAAGAUGGGGGAGACUAAAUUCACAGUUACUGUUGUAUAGGGGCAUGGCCUUAUAAUUGCGACUCUCUCCAACAUGUCAAUAGUCACUAUAUAUAUAUAUUGUAAUAACAGUCUUCCUUUCCUUGCUUCCUCCCUACCAAUUAAAUCUCUCUUUUUUCCUCUCUCUUCUCUCUCUUUCUAAGCUAUAAUUCCAAGUCUCUUGAAGGUAGAGGAGGAGGAAUUAGCCAUGGAAGCAGCAGGUGGUGAUCAUCAUCAUCAAGAGGAUGUCAUGAUCUUGGGGUGCAAGGAACAACACAGCAACAACAUUAAUAUUAUGAAGGGUAAGCGCACAAAACGCUUGAGGCCCCAAUCCCCAAUCCCUUUUGCCAUCCCAACAAACUCAUCGUCCCCCGAGGGUGGCACCGGCCGUGGAGGGGGUGAUGGCGGCGAAAACAACAACGAUUGCGUCAAUAGUACCAACUUGUCCCCCACCACAUCAGCUGAAUUAUUCCAAGACAGCACAUCAGAAGAGGAGGACAUGGCAAAUUGCCUAAUUCUUUUGGCGCAAGGCCAAUCCCGGGCGGCUUCUUCCUCCCCCAAUCACCAUCACCAACCCCCCAACGAUCAUAUUACUACAACUAGUCGAAAAUUCUUGGAAUCAACAACUGUCACCGCAGGCAAGGUGGCAGGGGCGGCAGGGUAUUACGUGUAUGAAUGCAAGACUUGUAACAGAACGUUCCCUUCUUUCCAGGCAUUAGGGGGUCACAGGGCCAGUCACAAGAAGCUGAAGGUGAAUAUCGGAGACGAUCCCAAAAACAAGCAUUUUGGAAUUGGGCUGUUGCCCCCGUCGGAUGAAGAUCAAGACACGCAAUCGUUAAAGAACAACAUUUUCCACAGAAACAACAUCAACACAUCUUCAUCUCCACUUUCUCUCCAUUUGAGCAAUAGGGGUUUGGUUUUGAGCUCCAACAAGUCCUCUCCUAAAAUCCACGAGUGCUCGAUUUGCGGAGCGGAAUUCAUGUCCGGGCAGGCCUUGGGAGGCCACAUGAGGCGCCACAGGGCGCCGAUUGGAGCCACCAACACAACCUUGUCGUUGACGCCUCCGCCAGUCUCAGCCGCCUUUGAAUCCCAUCAGCAACAACAUAAACAUCAACAGCAGCAGCCACAGCUGCCCGUGAAGAAGCAGAAAAACAUGUUGAAUUUGGAUUUGGAUCUCAACCUUCCAGCACCUUCAGAGGAUGAUCACCACAAAGAAACCAAGUUUGUGUUUGCAUCAAACCAGCAGCAGCAGCAGCAACAACAAGAACAACAGCAGCAAGAAAGGUUAAGAACACAAAUUUUGGUGGAUUGUCAUUACUAAAAAAAAGGUUAAGGUUUUUUUUAGUGAUUCUUCACUCCACGAUUGAUAUGAUCAAUGGUCAACUUGAUGUGAACUACCAACUUUUUUCUUUUAACUUCUUUUAUUAUACCACCAUUCAAAAUUGAAACACUAUUCUUUUGAUUCUUUGGAUAUAUCAUGACCAAUGUUAUAAAAGUAUAUGAACUUUGAUCUAA